AUGGCGAUUCUACAUUAUCUCGAAUUCAUCAUUGGCCGGCUACUGUACCCAAUUCGUGGCCAUGAUUCAGGCCAAAUCAUUCAAUGCCCGGCCUUCAAAGACCUUCCCGAGCCCAACAUGACCCUCGAAGCACCCGAAGCCGGCCCCUCGGGCUCUAAACUACCUCUCCACUGUACUUGCAAGGCCGCUGAUGGCAAGGGUGGUCUUCCUGAACUGCGCUGGACAGCUCCAAGCUGUCGCGAGGAAGUCAAGGAGUAUGUACUCCUCUGUGAAGACCUCGAUCCACCAAUCCCAUUCCUUGUCUUUCACCACGGUCUCCUUUGGGCUAUUCCACCCUCGACCACGAAAGCUGAAGCGGCUGAUGUCCACCCGGAUGAUCACGCCAAGAUCUCCCGCCUGACCGUUGCUGGUUGGCGCUUUGUGCCAAACUUGCUUGGAUUGCCGUUUGUCGGCGCUGGUGCACCGCUCGGCCAUGGAAAACAUCGUUACAUCUUCACCAUCAUCGCGCUCGAUGAGUCUCUCAAGUUCACGGCUCCCGAGAAGGUGACAAAGAAAGAUAUCAAGCAUGCCAUGAUGAGCAAGGUCAUUGGAUGGGGACAGUGGAUUGGCACCUUUGAAAAGCCCUGGCCCAACUAA